AUGGAGCGCACCCAAACCCCAUUAGAACUGCUUCGUCAGUUGAUCAAUGCAUCUAUCGAUCUCGUCCAGGAAGACAUCAAAAAACACCAUGACCCCCCGCUAGACCUCUCGGAGGGCAAGCGUCAUCCAAUUCGAGAUAGAUAUGACCCGGCCAUUGCACGUGCUUUGAGAUGUAUUUCAAGCUCCGGCAUGAUGCUGAGAGCGCUUUGUGAUGUUGAUAACUAUAUGACAGAAAUUAUAUUUAGCGUCAACGACAUGUCAGCCUUAAACACCGUUAGUCAGGCUGAUAUAGCCAACGUUAUUUCUGAUCACCCCCUUCAUGUGGACGAGCUUGAAAAAAAGACGGGAAUCGAAGCAGACAAACUCGCACGCUACCUUCGAGCACUAAGUAACUUGCAUAUAUUCCAAGAACUUGAGCCUCAAGUAUUUGCGAAUAAUGAAUUGUCCAUUCUGUUGAAAUCCGAAGGGGUCAAAGCACUUUGUCAGUUGAAUACCGAUGAAAUUGGGGCAGCAACCCGAAAGAGUUGGGAGGCUCUUGUACACCCAAGUUUCAAGUGCUCAUCUGCAGCAAACAAGACAGCAUUCAAUCUUGCAUUUAAUACAGAUUUCGGUAUGUAUGAGUAUUGGAAACAGCUUCGCCCUGAUUUGGCUGAGCGAGGAGGCGCGGCCUUUGCCAGCUUGCCUAUCGGCUGGGAAGCGUUCCUAGGUUUGUAUCCAUGGGCCGCUGAGAAAUCUGGCACGCUAGUGGUGGAUGUAGGUGGAGGUGUGGGCGGCGGCACAAUGCCGAUAAUCAAAAGGUUUUCCAAUCUGAGGCUCCUGGUGCAGGAUUUACCGACAAACAAAGGUAGCUUUCACAAGCACAUGAAAAAGAACUAUCCCGAGUUCCAAGGCUCCGACCGAGUACGUUUUAUGGGGCAUGACUUUUUCAAUGAACAGCCCAUCAAGGAGGCUGAUAUCUAUUUCUUGCGCCGUGUUAUUCAUAAUUGGCCCGAUGACCAAGCUAUCAAGAUCCUAGGCAAUAUUAGUCGUGCGAUGGGGGGCUCCAGCAAGUUAUUCAUAUGCGAGCACGUUGCCUUCCCAACUUAUAGACCUGCGGAUUUGCGCCAUGAAAGAAAUUUCAUUGCACCACCACCGCUUCUUGCGAAUUGGGGUGCUGUGCUUACGAGUAGGUUAGACCUUCAAGUGCUGGCGUGUGUCAACGGCAGACAACGAACACGGGACGAGUAUUCAACUCUGGUGGGAAAGGCGGGUCUUGUGACAACUAAAUUUUGGAAGAGCCCUGCAGACGAGGUCACGAUUAUUGAGUGUCAUCUCAACCAGUCAGAGUAG